AUGCUGCGUUUGAAGACCACGACGCCCUUCUUUGGGCUCGGGAGGCGCCCGCUCUCUCUCGUCCUGGACGUGCCCUUGAUUGCUCGUGCAGACAAGGGGGAGAGCGGAAUCGAGCCGGCAAAGGAGCAGGCCAAGGCGAGCGCCAAAGAGGCCAAGAGGCAGACCAAGGAGCGCCUGGAAAGCCUCGGUGGUUCCGCCAAGGAUCUGGCUCGCAAGGCCGCGGAGGCCGCCGAGGAGGCCCGGGUCUUCGCCAUGAAUGAGACCGAGCAGCUCAAGGCCAUGGCGAUCUCGCAGAAGGAGAAGCUGAUUUCCGCGCAAGACGAAAUGGUGCGCCGCGCCGAGAUGGAAGCCCACAUGGAGGAGGCGAAGGAGAAGGCGAGGGAGAAGGCCAGCGCCGCGGCGGCCGCUGCAAAAGAUGCAAAGGAGGAUCUCGUCGACGCAGGCAAGGAGACGGCAGCCGCGACGAAAGCCGCGGCGCAGAAGGCCGCCGAGGAGCACGUCCCCGAGGCCGUCCAGGGGGCCGCGGAGGCCGUCGCGGAGGAGGCUGCGGAGACCUUGAAGGAGCGCGGCAAGCCGACGCCGAGCAAGGAGGCCGCGCGGCAGGCCGGGAAGGUGCACCUGUCCGAGCGCUACGACGACCCCCGCAGCGAGGACGCGGAGCGCUGA